GCUCCCCCUCCUCCCCUUUGCCCAGGAACGGGAAGGGCGCGUGCGCAGUACGAGGCCCCUGGUCCGGGACGCGGCGCGAGCUCCGCAGCCAGCAGCCAGCGCAGCCCAGGCGAAGGCGGGGAAGAGGCAGCGCAUCAUCGGAGCGGCGGCGGCGGCUGUCAUCCUUCUUCCUUUAUUUAUUUUUUGCAAAGGCCCGGCUGUGCAGUGAAUGCUCCGGUGCUGCGUUGCAUUUCGCUGCACGGCAUUGCUCUCCGGAGCCUCGGGCCUUCCUGCAGCAACCUCCCUCCGCCACCUUUUCCUUUCCUCCCAGGGAGCAACGCCUCCGCCGAUUUUCCAACCCCUCCCCCCCAUUCCACCUCUCUUAUUUAUUGAUUUAUUUAUUUUUAGUUAUUAUUUAAAAACCCCAGCGAAGUGGGCCCGUAGAUUGCACACGCCUACCCCCUCCGCCCGCUCCCCCUUCCCCAGCAGCAGAGUCCUCCGUGCAUGCUUCUCCCCAUUCCCUGCCGAAGCUGCUGCUCCCCCUUCCUCCGUGACCACCAACCAUGUCCCCCACCGCUUGUAACGUUGCAUUCCGUCUCCAGCUGUGAACGCCCCUUCCCGCUUCUCCUUGCACGCCCACCUUCAUUGCAUUGGCGCCCGAAGGUGAGAGAGCAGCGCCCCCAACCUGGGUCUGCCUUGAUCCCUGCCAGUUCUUGGGUCUAGCCUUUCCAAGCCUUCGGAGCUGUAGCUUGCAGAGCAUCAGUUAUCAUUCUUCUUAUUGGGUCCAAACAGCACCUGCCUACCCCCCUUCCUUCCAUCACCCCCACCAAAUAGUCCCCCUUUUGCUCUGAGCCCCUUUGCCCAACAGAGCCUUAGUCCUGCCCCAGCACACCCAGGUUUCCUUAUGCACCAGGAUCCUGUGGUUUCCUUGUCUUACUUUGGUAACUGUUUUUUAGCCAGACAAGCGAAGAUUGCAUCGUGGGCUUGCAAGGUUGCUCCUCCUUCACAGCAUCGGUGAAAGCUCCCGCCUGGAGAACAAGGCUUGCACAGCCACCCCAAGGUGCUGCUUGCCCCGUUCUGUGCUGCUUGGCACCGCCUUAGCCCUCUGAGGUGCCGCAUCCCUUCCCCGACAUCGCCAUGAGCUUCUUUGGGUUCGGACAGAGUGCGGAUCUGGAAUUGGUCCUGAGCGACGCAGAGAGCAGGCGCCGGGCAGAGCAUAAGACCGAGGAGGGCAAGAAGGAGAAAUAUUUCCUCUUUUAUGACGGUGAGACGGUUUCGGGGAGGGUCAUCCUCACCCUCAAGCACCCAAACAAGCGGCUGGAGCACCAGGGCAUCAAGGUGGAGUUCAUUGGGCAGAUCGAGCUAUAUUACGAUCGAGGAAACCACCAUGAAUUCGUGUCACUUGUGAAGGACUUGGCCCGCCCCGGAGAAUUCACCCAGUCACAGACCUUUGAUUUUGAAUUCACACACGUGGAGAAACCAUACGAAUCCUACACGGGGCAGAACGUGAAGCUGAGGUACUUCCUCCGGGCUACUGUGAGCCGCAGACUGAACGACGUGGUGAAGGAGAUGGACAUUGUUGUACACACACUUAGCACGUACCCAGAACUUAAUUCCUCCAUCAAGAUGGAGGUGGGCAUUGAAGAUUGCCUGCAUAUUGAGUUUGAGUACAAUAAAUCCAAGUACCAUUUAAAAGACGUGAUCGUUGGGAAAAUCUACUUCCUCCUAGUGCGGAUCAAGAUCAAGCACAUGGAGAUCGACAUCAUCAAGAGGGAGACCACGGGGACCGGCCCUAAUGUUUACCAUGAAAACGAUACAAUAGCUAAAUAUGAGAUCAUGGAUGGGGCACCUGUCAGAGGGGAGUCCAUCCCCAUCAGGCUCUUCCUCGCUGGCUACGAACUGACGCCGACCAUGAGGGACAUCAAUAAGAAGUUCUCGGUGCGCUACUAUCUCAACCUCGUGCUGAUUGAUGAGGAGGAGCGGCGCUAUUUUAAACAGCAGGAGGUGGUGUUAUGGCGCAAAGGCGACAUUGUGAGAAAGAGCAUGUCCCACCAAGCUGCCAUUGCCUCUCAGCGGUUCGAAGGCACGUCUUCCCAGACAGAGAGCAGAACGCCCAGCCAGCCUUCAGAGAACAACGGCCGGCAGUGAGGCGGUUGUGGGAUGAGGAGUUCCAAAGCGCUUCCGUGGUCAAGGCUUGAAGAUGUCGAUGAGGAAGGAGAACGCAGAACGGAUCUUUCACCAGAGACUUGCGAACACAAAUUAUCUUGUCAGGUUGUGUGUGUGUGUUUUCUUCAUUUUUCUUUGUUCCUUUCCCCCUGAGGACUCGCAACUUAACGGAAUGGGGAGGGAGCCAACGGACGUGACAGCGACAAGGUUUGCCUCCCUCUACAUUCAAAUAUUCCUUGGGGAUAGGGCGGGGAGCUGGGUCAGUGGCUUUAGAAGGCAUGAUGAAGGGAAGGGCGGCUGGUGAAAAGUGUGUCUGUGUUCUCACAUGAUGCUAAAAGCAUCCCCCCCCCUCAAAAAAUGUAAAGACACCCCCAUCGGUUUUACUGUACAUUUGGGUUUUUAAUUUUUUUUUAAGAGCGCUCCAUUUACUCUUCCUCAGUGGCAUUAUUCAUAUGUGUACAUAAUUAGCACCAGAGAGGCUCAUUUAGCAUUCAAGUGUAAAAAUAAUAAUAAUUUCCCCAGCAUUUCUUAAACUCCUAAAAGCUGAUGGGACACUUCUUUCCCAAAUAAAAAUCUGGGAGUCUCGCUUCAUUCUUACACCCAAAACGGUUUUACUUUUUAAGGUAAAUGUUAUGUCCCUGGGUGAGUCUGUGUUCUGAGCACAGCUCCUGCUUAGAAGGAAGCAGGUGCACCACAGCAUCUCUUGCAGACACACACAGCAGACAGCCUCUGAAGGCAGGCAUAGGAAGAUCUGCACUGGCUGUGAUUUGAAUGACUGACUGGAGAGGUGUGUCUGGUAAAUCGCAGAGAGGUGACAGGGAGCCUCUUUGGCUAGGUUGGUGCAGUGGGCUCCUGGUAGCAUGGCCCUCCAAUGUCAUUAGAUUCCAACUCCUUAUCAGCCCAAGGCAGUAUCUAUUAGGGGCAGGGUUGAUGGACAUUGUGGUCCAGUAACAUUUGGAGGGCCACAGGUUCCCCACCCUUCGUUAAUUUAAUUAACUUGCUGAUUGUGGCAUGGGAAUUGUUUUUUACCCCCUGUCUUUUGAGUUUCUUUUGUCGAACUGGAAAAACAACACUACUGUUUUCACUAAGCCAGUUGUGUGCAGUUGAGACGUCCUUCGUUGAAAACUGGAGCGCGAGGAGGAAAGCUGCACUGUGGGGGCCUUUAAAAAAAAAGGCAUAGUGAGGGAGGGAAGCUCACACACCCCGUUUCUGUUGUAGCCCACUUUAAAAUAUACCCUCCCCAAUAGCAUUCUCCUAUUUCCCAAGCUGUCUGCAUGCACUCUGUUGCUAUUCCAAAAGUUGGAUCAGCACAGCUCAUUCCCAAACUGUGUUCCGUGAGGGAAAAACCCCCAAGGACCUGGUACCUUCUGUAUGUACAUUCCUUGAUCGCUGAGGUGAUCCACGCUCUUUCACAUCCUAAAAGCGAACCUUCGGGGAGGUGGAAUGGCAAGCUGUGUCUAAAAGUGCGUCCCUUAGGAUUAGAUAUUUGGAAAGCACUGAUGAAUUGGGCUGCUUUUCCCUAAGUGUGCUGGGGGCACCUGCUCUUGGACAUAUUUCCCCACAUCCUAUAAAAGACCACACACACCCUGCAGCCAAAGCUUCAUCUCCCCGGAUCCCCCCACCCCCCCUGGAAAAGCCUGAUAUAAGCUUAAAGUUAAUUGAACACUAAAAAUGUACAGAGUUAAAUAGAUGUGUCUUGUUCUGUAAGCAUGAAUUGGUUUUAUUCGUCUUCACCAUUGAGAUUGACUAAGGAGAACAAACACAGUCACUUUCUUCCCUCCAAGCCCAUUUUGUGAUAAAUAUGCACUUUCUUCUGUAGAGGUGGGCGUAAGACUGAAUGUCACCUCAAAAUAUUCAGAAAUUCGUUGGUUGAGUUGCUCUCCCUCUAAUACAAACCAUUUACCCGUAAUUUAAUAGCAUAAAUAUUUCUCUGAUUUGCCUUCUGACUUCAGCACUUUUAGGAAUGUUUCUUUUAAGCUUCUCCCCUCUUUAUUUUCCUCCCGUGAAUCAAUGAGAACUAGAAACUUGAGCACCACAGCUGCUCCCUCCACAAAAAUAAAACCUACUUGCAGUUCUAACAGAUUCCUGGGACCAAGCAAAUGUUUUGUAUUUAAGACACCCACACCUUCAUUCCGUUUCUUAAUCAGUGGGAUAUAUCUAUGCAGAGAUUCUACCAGAUCGCUGUAAAAGCACCAGAGGACAUGACAAUUGUCAGCUUUUAUUUUAGGAAAGAGACACGUGGGCAGCUCGUGUGCAUGUGAUGGCUAAAAAUGUGUAGGCUAUGCCUGAUGAAAUUUCAGAAGGCAGAGGGGCUACUUGAAUAAAAUUUCUGGUGGCCUGCAUGUGUUUUUCCCUGUAUCGAAGUGAUUAAAGUGCAUUUUUUUUACAGCUUGUAGAAUAAAUUGCACAGAAUUGUCUUAAA